AAACAGUUGAUUUUUUUAAUUUAAAAAAAUAAAAAUAAAAAUAAAAAAUAAAAUAAAAUGUCUUUUUCCAUUCCAGCUAAUUUGGCAUCCAAAGAAUCAUAUUCGACUAAAGUUUCUCAAAAUGGAAUUACCUCUCAGGCUACAUUUACUGUUAAAACUGGACUUGCCCAAAAUUUAAAGGGAGGAGUUAUUAUGGACGUGGUUAAUGCUGAACAAGCUCGAAUUGCCGAAGAGGCUGGUGCAUGUGCUGUUAUGGCAUUAGAACGUGUGCCUGCUGAUAUUAGAAUACAAGGUGGAGUGGCACGUAUGUCAGAUCCAAAGAUGAUCAAAGAGAUUAAAGAAGCUGUCACAAUUCCAGUGAUGGCUAAAGUUAGAAUUGGUCAUUUCGUUGAAGCUCAGAUUUUAGAGUCUAUUGGUAUAGAUUAUAUCGAUGAAUCUGAAGUGCUAACACCGGCCGAUGAAGAGAACCACAUAAAUAAGCACAACUAUAAAGUUCCUUUUGUAUGUGGCGCAAAAAAUUUGGGUGAAGCACUUCGACGUAUUAAUGAGGGCGCUGCAAUGAUAAGAACUAAAGGCGAAGCUGGCACAGGAAAUGUUGUGGAAGCUGUACGUCACAUGAGAACUAUUACCCGUGAGAUUAGAAAAGCUUCUUUAAUGAGUGAAGAAGAGCUUUUUUCUUAUGCCAAAGAAUUACAGGCACCUUAUAAUUUGUUAAAAGAGACCGCCAAACUUAGAAGACUUCCAGUUGUAAAUUUUUCCGCAGGUGGUUUAGCAACACCAGCCGAUGCAGCUAUGAUGAUGCAACUUGGAUGCGAUGGAGUUUUUGUUGGUUCUGGGAUAUUCAAAUCUGGAGAUCCUGCUAAAAGAGCCAAAGCUAUUGUUCAGGCUGUUACACAUUUUGAUGAUCCUAAAAUUUUGGCCGAAGUAUCGGAGGAUCUUGGUGAUGCAAUGGUUGGUAUUAAUAUUGACACAUUAUCUGACGAUCAACUUUUAUCCAAGAGAGGGUGGUAACUUUACCCAACCUCGAAAGCAAUUCAUAUAUUUUGCUAUGAUUUUGUUCUAUAUAGAUGACACUAAUGAAACAUAAUUUAAUUUGUUUAAAUAUAAAUUUUUUAUACCAAUUUACUCUUAAUUAAAUGAGUUUCUAAUUUGUUAAUUAAGAAAAAAUAUUUAAAUACUUUACUAUUUAUGCAAUUAUUAACCAUCAAAUAAUAUAUUAAGUUUAUUUAUUAGCUUUAUUGUAUAAAAAUGGUAUAAAAGAUAUUUGGCCAUCUCCCCAUACCUAAAAAUUAAAUUACCAAUUAUACAAAUUAAUUAAUAAAUUUUAUGUUUUAAAAAUUGAUACCCU